UGCACGCGAGUGCGGACGGGGCGAAGCGCGAAGUGCGUGAGCGAAGCGAAGCGAGUCGUACGGCGUCAGUGCACAGUGGUCUCUGCCGGCGGGAGCCGCGGGACAUGAGAACAUGCUGUCGCCGCACGGCUGCUCUCUCGCCUGGCUCUGCUUCCUCUUCGUCUGCGUGACGCCGUCAGAUAUUCUGGAGGACGAGAUCGUGUCGGUGACAGACGUGACCGCGGUGCUAGGGGGGACCAUCGAGCUGCCGUGUGCCCUGCCCACCGAGGGAGAGAUCGCGCUCGUCAUAUGGUUCAAGGAUGGCGCCACCUCUCCAAUCUACAGCGUGGACGCGCGCAACCUGCCGCAGCAGCAGCAGGCGACGCACUGGACGGACGAGCGGUCGCUGGGCGGGCGCUCCUUCUUCCGCGCGGAGGGCAACUCCUCGCGGCUGUCGAUGGAGCGCGUGCGCCAGCAGGACGCCGGCUCCUACCGCUGCCGCAUUGACUUCAAGCGCGCCCCCACCAGGAACUCCGUCGUCAACCUCUUCGUCGUAGUGCCUCCGCACAACAUCACUGUCGUCGACGAACGGGGCAUUGUUGUCCGUGACGUCAUUGGGCCGUUCCCUGAGGGCGCGACACCUCAGCUGACAUGCAUUUCCACGGGAGGCCGGCCGCCGCCCGUGGUGUCGUGGUGGCUGGACGGUGUCGAAGUGAACCGGACGCCGCCGCAGCCGCCUGUGACGGCGGGCAGCGGGCAGCCGACCUCCGGCUACCCGGAGAGCGUGAGCCACGUGAUCCGGCUGCCGCCGCUGGGCCGCCGCUAUCUGCACAGCGAGCUCACCUGCAGGGCCUCCAACCACCCGGAUGUACUGCUCUCCACCAGCGUCGUCAUCGACAUGCUAUGUGAGUACCCGCAGCGCCCGUUCGCAUGUCUGUAA